UCCCCUGACAUCACUGGACUUUCCCCGUCUUUCUCAUAUAUAUUAGUGAAUCUUUCUCCAUGAACACAUUCAGUGCACCAUAUCUCCCUUUAGAUAUAACCAAGGACAGGUCUCGGGUCCAUCUAAAGUGUGGCAUCAUUAUAAUAAACUACACUGAAACUGAUAUUAGCAAGUCAGUUACAGGAUGGAGAACAAGUUCACAGCAGCCGACCUAGAAGCCGCAUUGGGAGAUGUUUACCAAUCUACCGUGGAACCUGUGAAGUCGCCCAGAUCUUGGACAUGGACGAUAGUUGGUGUUAUGGUCUUCCUUUUGCUCUGUGGUGUGGCAUCUCUCUGUUUUGCAUGGCACUUCACGAAUAAGCAUCAAGGUGAGCUUUCCUUGAAGCUGCAAAGCACCACAGACACAGACACAUUAAGGCAACAGAAAAUGCUAUCUCAGAUCGCAAAGAGUACAAAGGCAGCCAUUCACCUCCAUGCUUCAGAUAUGGACCAUAAGAAUCGUUCUCCACGCUGGGUGAGUGGAGUGGACCAGUCCUUCACUAAAGGAGGUCUCAAGCUGGAAAACAACUACAUCCUCAUUCCCCAUGAUGGCCUGUACUUUGUGUACAGCCAGGCAUCUUUUGACAUCUUGUGCAAGUCAAGUGAGGACGAUCAUGGCAGCAGCAACACACAUCUGAGCUAUGGUGUUCGGUGGUCAUCCCUUACAUCACCGUCCUCUAAUAAAAGGUUUUUGCUCAGUGGAUUCAAAACCGUGUGCCAAACUAAAAUGGAGGAGCAAAUGAAUGGACCUCCUGUCUAUGAGUCUAUCUAUCUUGGUGCUGUCUUUCAACUUUAUAAGGGGGACAAACUGUCAACAGAGUCCAACCAUUUUGCUGACAUCAACGAGCACAGUUCCAAAACCUUUUUUGGUGUGUUUGAGCUGUGAGAACAUCAUGGUUCCUUGCGGAGAGAAGGAUACUUGCUGACUAAUAUGAAAACAGAUUGUUUUAUGUUAAAACGUUUGACGUAUUUCUUAAAGUGAUUCGUGAAAAAUAAUCAUAUGAGGAAUGGCAAAUCGCUAACUUUGUAAAUGGUAAAAUUUUAAUUUUGAUACAGUGUAUCAAAGUUCUCCAUUGUUCUUGCUGAGACAUUACGUAAAAAAGGUUACUGAACUAAGACACAGGAGAGCACUACUCCUCCGUACUCUUCUUAGACCAGCAUGUUAAGCUUUUAUUUUAAUAGUGAAAAACUGUAGCUCACUACAGAAACUACUUAUGUCCAAAACGAAUGUUCUAACGAAUGCACUUUUUUGGUUUAGUGUUUUAACUGAAUCAAAAAAGGCAUUUUGGAUUUAUUGUUGUAUUUUAUUAUUGUAUUGUAUUUAUUAAUUUACAUUUAUCUAUUUAUUAUUG